AAUCCAAUCCACUACAUCAAGUCGGCGGCUUCCUCGCCCCCGCCUUGCCCGCCUUUCUGCCUUGUUUCCAUUCAUUUUCUACCUCAAGUAAGUGUACAGUGUACUUUGCCGUCUUCUUUCGCGGUUGGACAAACCCGGAAUUUCUGCCCCCGCUUAAUGCCUCUGUUGCGCUGUCUCCUCGCUAGCAGCCACGGCAUCCGGCGCUCUCUGAGCACCAACACCAUGACCGGCACGGCCCGACACUUCGACUACCUCGUCAUCGGCGGCGGCUCGGGCGGCAUCGCGAGCGCCCGACGUGCCGCUGAGCACGGUGCCAGGGUGGCCCUCGUCGAGCAGGGCCCCCUCGGCGGCACCUGCGUCAACGUCGGCUGCGUGCCCAAGAAACUGUGCUACUACGCCGCCAGCCACGCCGAACUCAUCAAAGACCACGAAGACUACGGCUUCGCCGUCACCGCCGCCUCCGCCGUCGACUGGGCCAAGUUCAAGGCGAAGCGGGACGAUUACAUCAUGCGCUUAAACGGCAUCUACAAGGCGAAUCUGAUUAAAAGCAACGUGGAGAUCAUCAGAGGCGCGGGUGGCUUCACGGCUCCGAAGACUGUUCGCGUCGGCACCGACGCCUUCACGGCCGAUCACGUGCUCAUCGCAACCGGCGGCUACCCGAUCGUCCCUGAUGUCCCGGGUGCCGAACACGGCAUCACCAGCGACGGUUUCUUCGAGCUCACCUCCAUUCCGAAGAAGGCGGUCGUCGUGGGGUCCGGCUACAUCGCCGUCGAGCUCGCCGGUGUGUUUCACGCGCUCGGCACCGCGGUGACCGUUGUGGUGCGCACCGAUAAGAUCCUCCGAGCCUUCGACGCGAUGUUGGGCUCUGCGCUGAUGGAGCACAUGGCCUCCGAAGGCGUCCAUUUCGAGAAACACUGCACUGUGGCGAGCGUCACGAAGAGUGGCCCGCUGCUCCGCGUGAAGACGACGACGGGUGUCGAGAUCGAGGGCGUUGACUGUCUCCUCUGGGCCGUCGGCCGAAAGCCGGCGGUCGACAUCGGCCUGGACAAGACGGGCGUCGUGUUGGACAAGACGGGGCACGUCCAGGUGGAUGCCUUCCAGAACACGAGCUGCGACGGGGUGUACGCGCUCGGCGACGUCUGCGGCAAGUGGCUGCUGACGCCCGUGGCCAUCGCGGCCGGGCGGCGGCUUGCCGAGCGGCUGUUCAACAACAAGCCGGACUCGAGGCUCGUGUACGCCAACAUCCCGACGGUGAUCUUUAGCCACCCGCCCAUCGGGACGGUGGGCAUGACCGAGGCCGAGGCGCGCUCCCACUACGGCCCUGAGGACAUCAAGGUCUACCGCAGCAGCUUCACGCCAAUGUACUACAGUAUGACUCGGCGCAAGGUGAAGUGCGUUAUGAAGCUGGUCUGCGCGGGCAAGGAGGAGAAAGUGGUGGGGCUGCACAUGAUCGGCGACGGUGCGGACGAGAUCCUGCAGGGGUUUGGGGUGGCCAUCAAGAUGGGUGCCACCAAGGCCCAGUUCGACGACUGCGUCGCCAUCCACCCGACAUCCGCCGAAGAGCUGGUCACGAUGCGGUAGACGCGCGAUCGGAUGCUGCAGCGAAUCGCAAGAUUGAAUGCCUUUGCUGCAAAGGGCACAUUGAACAAACGGAAUCGAGCGGAGCGUUUUCCCUUUGUGCAUGGUUGGUGCACAGUGUAGGACGGCACUUGUACAGUCUCCACCAAUACGAGAGACCGCUCGGAGCACGUGGCCGAGACUGUGGCUGCUGUCCGCAGGAAUGCACGCCGAUUAAGUUUUGCUGCAUUAUCCACCUUGCCUUUAACUAGGUAUUCAGAGUGGGUCUUUCAUAUUGAUAAAGACUGUAACUUUCAUUUUCUAGGGGCACCACCAAAGCUCUUUCACUCCUCACUUGUUUCCUUUCCAGUAUGUACAAACAAGCUUGCCCCCACUUUCUAACGGGUUAUUUAAGAGAUGAUUGGUUUUGAAUGUAUUUACGUUUAUGUUUAUGUUGUUUUGUGUUUAUGUUGAAUGCCGGCUUAUUACAUAGGUGGGGAUAUUAUGCGAUUCUUUGAUGCCACCAACAGGCAGUUUACAGCAGGUAGCUUAGUGCAAGCCCAAUGUUCUAUGCUGCACGAGAUUUAGUUUUUUCGGGUUAACUGUCUUGACAUGUGGCACCUGCAAGUCAUGCUGUAUACUUUUAAACUUGUAGGUGGGAAGUUAAGAUUGUAAUAUGUGGGACCAGGUUAAGAGCAGAUGUAUUAAUAAAAUGCUCAAAACAUCCCGACCACACUACUGUGAUAGGCUUUCCGUGCGUACAGCGCAGGAGGCCGCAAAUAUUUGCUCCAAUGCAAGGAUCGGUAUUGAAAGUGAUGGUUGUAGGAUUUAUUCAAUAAAUUGUCUUGGAAAA